AUGUAUGACUACCAUUGUGAUUUACCCUCUUCUAAUGCAAUCCAAUCUUCCAUGUUGCUGGCCAGAUCCUUUACUCCCGAUAAACCUUUUUCUCUUUCUUACUUGAAGUUUAAACCAGAUGAUACUGUAGAAAGAUACAAGGCAUGCCUGGUUGCCAAAGGAUAUAUGCAACAAGAAGGGUUGAGUUUCUUUGACAUAUUCUCCCAUGUUGCAAAGUUGACAUCUAUUUGGGUUCUUUUAGCUGUUGUAGUUGUAAAUAACUGGUAUCUGCAUCAACUGGAUGUCAACAAUGCUCUCCUUCAUGGGGAUUUACAUGAAGAGGUCUACAUGGAUAUAUCACAAGUUUAUUACUCUCAAGAUCCUUCUCUUGUCUGCGAACUCAAUAAAAGUUUAUAUGGUCUUAAGCAAGCUUCUCGCUAUAAUAAUCUUCAUGAAUUUCAUUUCAUAAAGCAUUUCCUGCAUGAUAAGUUUGCAGAUAAAUACCUAGGAGAGUUGCACUACAUUCUUGGUUUGGAGGUUGCUAGCUCGAGGAAUGGAAUCAGUCUCUGCAUAAGAAAAUAUGGUCUAGAUGUCGUCAAAGAUUCUUGUUUUUUCAGCUGCAAACCAGUGGCCUUUCCUAUGGAGUCUAAUCUCAAGCUCAAGUCAGAAGACGCAGAUCACUUAUCUGAUCCUUCUAUUUAUAGAAGGCUCAUUGGCAGAUUAAUAUAUCUCACCAUUACAAGGGCUGAUUUCGCAUAUUUUGUCCAGGUUCACAGUCAAUUCAUGUCCAGUCCAGCUCAAUCUUAUCUAAAUACUGCUCAAAUAGUUCUUGGAUAUCUUAAAGCUACUCCAGGUCAAGGGUUGUUCUUUGCUUCCAACUAUGAUUUACACCUCAAAGCUUAUAGUAACAGUGAUUGGGUCAGCUAUCUUGAUACUGGACGCGGCGUUAUUGGUUUUGCCAUAUUUCUUGGGGAUUCCUUGGUCUCCUGGAAAUCCAAGAAGCAAUCUACUAUAAGUAGCUUUUCGGCUGAAGCUGAGUAUAGAGCCUUAUCAUCCACCACCUGUGAAAUAAAAUGGUUGUUUUAUUUUCUUUAUGAUUUGGGCAUUUCUCAUCCUCAACUAGCACUUUAA